AAACAUUUAAGACAUUUUCCAUCAUGGCUGAUACUGAUGAUUUGAUUUCAUCAUUAUAUCCACCUCCACCUCCUUAUGUGAGGUUUUUCACCAAGGAAAAUUUGGCCAAAUUGGACGAAUGGAAGGCUUCACUGGAAAGUAAUGAUGAACCACGAGACCAAAAUGAUUCGAUAGCAGCCCCUCCUCCCGGAGAGUUACGGUUCCUUGUGCCACCACAACCACCCGCCGGAUCCCAUUAUCGUGGGUAUGGGAACCUUUGGUCCUUUGAAGACAAGCUCCCCUCGUUGAAAGAAAUGGGGUUACGUCAACUUUACCCGGACGAUGACGAUAUCAUCACUUCCAAGACUAAGAUAAAGGAACUACACAAGUUACUUGACUCGCUCCUACUCAAUUUCCUCGAACUUGUCGGAGUAGUUUCGGUCCAACCCGAGAAGUUCCAUCUCAAGAUUGAGGACCUGAAGCUUAUUCUUAUCAAUAUCAAUCAUAUUCUAAAUUCAUACCGUCCACAUCAAUCCCGUGAGAGUUUGAUUAUGCUUUUGAGAAAGCAAAUAGAGGCUAAAAGGUCGGAAAUUGUGGAAAUUGAUCGUGUACGUCUGGACGUAAAGGAGAAAAUAGCCGCCACAUUAUCUGGAUUGACCAACAAGCCGUCCCGUUCUUAUGAUCAAUCGUCAGAAUCCCUUCUGGAUGGAAGCACAGACGCGUCCAUAGAAGCCACCUUGAACGAAAUAACGACCAAGCUCUUAAAUUAGACGCUC